UCUUUUAGAAUCCGGCAUGUGGUUCGCCCACGUAUACUUCUUUGCCCUUGGGGUGUGUCUGUGUUACUGUGCAUUUACUCCGACUCCAUGCUGUAAUUUGGCUAUCAACACGAUGUGCACGAAGACAUGCAUAGAAAAAAAAGGCGGCCCAGACAUCAAAACAUGUUUCUACAAGUGCAGGAGCGUUGUAAUGAAAAGACUGAACGUGAUAUCGACAUAUCUUCCAUAACUUCCAAUAGACCUAUCACCGCUUGUAUGCACAGGCCUCAAAAUAA